CUGAAUCCUCGAUGUCCAUGAACAGAGCCCCUGCAAAUCACAGCAACGGGACCAGAUCCCAGCAGAGCUCCAGGCAUGGAGCUGAAGGAAGGGCUCUGAGAAAAGGAAAAAUGGGGGGCACAGAGCAGCAGGGGCAGGGCUGAGAGAAAGGGCUUGGGCAUUGUUCAGUAAAGUCUCCACUGACUUGUCACUGUCUCCUCCUUCAACAGGACUCCAUGGCCAGAGUGAAGAAAUGUCCAACAGCAGCUCCAUCAGCCACUUCCUCCUGCUGCCAUUGGCACACACGCGGCAGCUGCAGCUCCUGCACUUCUGCCUCUUCCUGGCCAUCUCCCUGGCUGCCCUCCUGGCCAACGGCCUCAUCAUCAGCGCCUGCGGCCACCUCCUGCACAGCCCCAUGUUCUUCUUCCUGCUCAACCUGGCCCUCAGCGACCUGGGCUCCAUCUGCACCACUGUCCCCAAAGCCAUGCACAAUUCCCUCUGGGACAUCAGGAACAUCUCCUACACAGGAUGUGCUGCACAGCUAUUUCUGUUUGUAUUUUUCAUUUCAGCAGAGUAUUAUCUCCUGACCAUCAUGUGCUACGACCGCUACGUGUCCAUCUGCAAACCCCUGCACUACGGGACCCUCCUGGGCAGCAGAGCUUGUGCCCACAUGGCAGCAGCUGCCUGGGCCAGUGCCUUUCUCACUGCUCUGCUGCACACAGCCAAUACAUUUUCCCUGCCCCUGUGCCAUGGCAAUGCCCUGGGCCAGUUCUUCUGUGAAAUGCCACACAUCCUCAAGCUCUCCUGCUCCAAAUCCUACCUCAGGAAUUUUGGGCUCAUUUCUAUUAAUGUCUGUUUGGUAUUUGUCUGUUUUGUAUUCAUUUUUUUCUCCUACGUGCAGAUCUUCAGGACUGUGCUGAGGAUCCCCUCUGAGCAGGGACGACACAAAGCCUUUUCCACCUGCCUCCCUCACCUGGCUGUGGUCUCCCUGUUCCUCAGCACUGGCACAUUUGCCAACCUGAAGCCCCCCUCCAUCUCCUCCCCAUCCCUGAAUCUAGCAGUGUCACUUCUGUACUCGGUGGUGCCUCCAGCCCUGAACCCCCUCAUCUACAGCCUGAGGAACCAGGAGCUCAAGGCCAAACUGUGGAGACUGAUCACUGGACAAUUUCAGAAACACUAA